AUGGUCUCUCAUUCAGCUAUCCUCACUGGUGCUCUCGCACUACUUUUACCCCUCACGACCCACGGCUUUGUCGUCCCCCGCGAAGACAAUCUCCAGGCCUUCCUCGAACAGCCAAACAGUUUCAACCCCGCCCUGAGCUCUGAUCACAUUGAAGAUGAAAGUGCCUUAAACCGCCCGUCAUGGUUCACCUCGACUUUGAUGGCCCGCCGCCUACUGGCCUUGGCCCCCUCCGGCGUCAUCUCCACCAACUUCCCAGAGUCCCUCCCACCCUCCGCACACGCCCCCUCAGACGUUGCCGGCCUCUCUAUCGCACUACGAGAGUACAUCGCCGAUUGUGAUGGAUCCCUACCAUCGGAUCUCUCGCACGAUGAUAACGGCGAUCCAACCAUUCUCGGCCUUCGCAUUGGAACUACAUUUAAGAAUAUUGCAGCGGGGUCUAAUCUCAGUCUCCAGUUAGACUGGUGGGAUCAUCUCAACGAAGCUGGCCCUGUUUAUCCCGGUCUUCCUCUCAGCCCGGCUGCUCUACCUCGCGUCACUCUCUUCGGAUACUUGGAGAACCUCCCAUCCCCACUUCCCAGUGAUGCAGCUGCAGCCCUCGAGAAGUGUUUCCUCGAGCCACACCCUGAUGCAAAGGUUUGGAUACCAGGUUCUUCUCACUCGCCUCAUGCAAGUUUCUGGGCCCGGUUGGUGGUUACCCAUGCUUACUGGAUUGGCGGAUUUGGAGACGUGCAGCAGAUCGGGUGGAUCAAUAUCACGGAAUGGCAGGGGAUCAGACCACACGGUAGUCUUCCGGGCGUUGGUGAUGGAAGAGGAUGGCAGGAUGUCCGUUUGCCAGGGGAGAAGCAGUAA